AGUUAUUCCCAAAAUAUUAAAACCAAACCGAAAAUAAAGUACUGUAGUAGUAUAAUACAGUCUGGAAUAUUUAACAGACCAAUUCAAUCAUUCAAUUUUUUUUUAAUCUAAACUUUAUCAACACCUAGUCAACGCUUACUUCAAAACCCAGCUAAAAUUUCCCCGAAUACUUUCUUGUACCAUUUCUCACAUACCCAUUUCUGAAAUUUUCAUGGUUUUUUCAUGAAACAUGUUUGAAUCCAAACCAAGAAGUGUGUUAAGCUUAGGAAUUAUCCUAAUCCUAGUUUACUUAUCCUCAAUUCCUUUACCAGUUGAGUCGAAAUGCAACAAAGGGUGUGAUUUAGCUUUAGCUUCGUUCUAUAUUUGGCGGGGAACAAAUCUCACUUACAUAGCAGAAUUGUUUUCAAUCUCCAGUUUACAAGAAAUCGUAGAUUACAACAACAAUCAUAUCCCAAAUCAUGACAGUAUCAUAGCAGCGACAAGAAUUAACAUACCCUUUAGUUGUGAUUGUUUGGAUGGUGGGUUCUUAGGCCAUGUUUUUCCGUACAAGGUUAAAUCUGCAGAUUUUUUUGGUCAGGUUGCGACGAGUUAUUCCGAUUUGACAACUUCGGAUACUAAUGUUACCUUAAACGUGGUUGUGAAUUGUUCCUGUGGGGAUAGAGAUGUUUCCAAAGAUUAUGGGCUGUUUGUGACGUACCCUAUACGGGUAGAGGAUAACUUAACGUCCAUUACUUCAGAGACCAAUGUGAGUGCUGAUUUAAUCCGGAGGUAUAAUCCAGGGGUGGAUUCCAAAUUCGAUACCGGAAGAGGGAUCCUGUUUAUACCGGGAAGAGUGUUGUGGCAAAAAGGGGGAAAUGCGCAUUUAAGAAAGGAACUAAAUUAGGAAGCACAAUGUUUUGCUUAAGGUGAUAUUUAAUUUAAGCUUAUUGUUUACUAUAUAUUGGAAUUUGUAGUUUCAAUGGAUAGAAUCGAUGAAGAUUGCACCCUUUAGAACGUGUUUUGGUUUGUUUGAGUAACUGAAACUGGCCGCAGGGAUAUAGCACUAAGCAUGAAGCAGUAAUACAAACUUGUAAAUGAUUGUGCUUUUCCUUUCUUCCUUUUUAGCAUGACGCACUGUGUGACGGUGGACAUAUUGAACUUCAGCAUUGUCCUCUUCUUUGGUUCUAAAGUUGUUCCCACAUCCAUGAACCAAAAUAAGUUCAAAGCACAUGAACAUUUCUAGUAGUGCCUAAUUGCUAAUAAAGAAAAAUUGUGAUAGUUUUCAAGCGAAAUAGUAUUAUGCAUGAAAUUUAGCUAAUGCUUUUGAUUAGCAAAAUUCUAGCUAUAUACCAGCUGAGUUUAUCACUGAGCUGUAAUGGCAAGAGCAAUCCAGUAUUCACAAAUAGCAGAAGCACAAUUGAGCAACUGUUUUCUGUUGCUUGGCUUCUUUGAGCUGGCUAAGAAUUUCUUCAAUCUGCGUCCUAGGAUCAUUUCUUCAGACUGCAGAUAUAUACAAUAUGGAAUGCAAAUGUCGAAGAUUAAGAGUUGCAUUUACCCUUGAAGAGAAUUGGAUGAAAUAAACGUAGAAUAUUCUUUAAUUCUGUAAAUUGAUAGUAAAUUAUACAGCUUUUUGGAAACGCAAACUAGCCCUGUCAAGCAUUAUUCAGAACCACUUUGGUUCUCUAAAGAUCAAACAUUACACACGCAAAACAAGAAGAAACACUUGUAAGAGCAGAGUCAUGCUUUUGAGAAUGUUUAUGGUUGAUAAUGUCUCACAACGGUUUCAGAAUGAAUGCUAAAAAACCUCUUCUAGGAAAAAAGAAAAAGAAAAAAAAUGCUUGCAGGAUCUCUAUUUCUUUUUGGUUCUUAUUCGGGUACCUGAGGGGAGCAGGACUACAACGUGAGCAUGUUGCUUGUUAGUCUUUCCUAGAGAAAAAAUGGAAUGCAAUAAAUGCCAGGAUAUUGCUGUGCUCUAAAGAGUGUGAGUUUAUGAUAAUUAAAUUAACCUGACUCAAAUUUGUGUCUUGGAUCUGAAAAGAGCUUGCUUCUAUCUUUGAUACUCUAUAAAGACCAUAGUUUACUUGAUCAAUCUACCCUCCUUAAUCAGUCCCACUUCCUUGACCUGUUUCAUACGAUGCUACAAUUUCUCAGUACCAGAAGUUUAAAGUAAAAGAAACUGAUACACUUCAAAUUACUUUUAACUUCAAUAUGGCAUCUUCUGACAAAUUACUCCAUCUUCACACGUUUUACUUAUUAUUGAAUUAAUUGUUUAAAUAGCUGACCUACUUCUAUGUAAUGAUGCUUUUGAUGUUUUCUUUUUCCAAUAUCUGCAUAGCUGUUUGCUUUUCCAAUAUGUAAUGAUGCUUUUGAUGGACCCACCUCCAUCGCUCCCUCAUCUUCUCCUGUGCUUAGUUGUGCUGAGGUUACACUUCAAGCUCCUUCUUCUUCUGAGGAGAUUGUUGCGCCUGCCCCAAUUGUUGUUAGUGCCGGAACAGUAAUUCCAGUUAAUAUGCCGCCAAGGGUUCCGUGCUCUCUUCCUUCCUGUUACCCUGCUGGCGUUUCUGGCCAUUCCUAUUGCAGCCAGAGGCGGAUCCAGGAUUUAAACUCUAUGGGUUCAACUUUUAAGAUUU